GGUUGCUCCCUGCCUGGUAAAGGCUAAUUCGGGCCAACCACGUUUCUCGGCUCACUCGCUCCGCCUCUCUCGCAAUGCACCAUGGGUUCUGUAGUUCUCUCGCCGUUUCCCAGCCCUCCCCGCGCAGAGGGCGGCACUACACCUCCCAGGGCCCCCGCUGCCGUCUCCGCGGCGGGCUCAGUGCUGCCCGCGGUGGCACGGACGGGCAGGGCGGGCGCGCGAGCGAUGGCGGACCCGAGCUCGUUCGCGUCUCCCGCGUGCUGCCUCACGCGGCACCUCCACCUGCGCUGCCGCGCGGACUUCGGCGCGCGGACGCUGCGGGGCACGGCCGCGCUCACCGCGCGCGCGGAGCGCGAGGCGCUGCGCUGCCUGGUCCUGGAUACAAGAGACGUGCAGGUGUUUAAAGUGACUGUAAAUGGACAGGAUGCACAGUUUGCUUUUGGAGAAAAGCACAGUUUCAAGGGGACCCCCCUGGAAAUCACAUUUCCAAAUGAACUAAGAAGGGGACAAGAAGCAAUUGUUGAAAUUUCUUUUGAAAGCUCUCCACAGUCUUCAGCUCUCCAGUGGUUUACUCCAGAGCAAACUUCUGGAAAGAAACACCCGUUUCUCUUCAGCCAGUGCCAGGCUAUCCACUGUAGAGCCAUUUUUCCAUGCCAAGACACACCUGCUGUGAAACUAACCUACUAUGCAGAGAUAUCCGUCCCAAAGGAGCUGGUGGCCCUGAUGAGCGCUAAUCGCGACGGAGAGGCGCCCGACCCAGAGGACAGCACUCACAAGAUUUACCGCUUCAGCCAGAACGUUCCCGUACCUUGCUACUUGUUUGCUUUAGUGGUUGGAGCUUUGGAAAGUAGAAAGAUUGGCCCAAGGACACUGGUGUGGGCUGAAAAGGAACUAGUGGAUAAAUCAGCCUAUGAAUUUUCUGAGGCUGAAGCUAUGCUGAAAACAGCAGAAGAUUUGGCAGGACCUUACGUGUGGGGACAGUAUGAUUUAUUAGUCUUACCACCUUCUUUUCCUUAUGGUGGUAUGGAGAAUCCUUGUCUUACUUUUGUAACUCCAACAUUACUGGCAGGUGAUCGAUCUCUAUCAAACGUUAUUGCGCAUGAAAUCUCUCAUAGCUGGACAGGAAACUUGGUAACCAACAAAACAUGGGAGCAUUUUUGGCUGAAUGAGGGUCAUACUGUGUACCUGGAGCGCAGGAUUGGUGGUCGGUUGUUUGGUGAGCAGUUCAGGAACUUUCAGGCCCUAGGAGGUUGGAGAGAACUGCAGAAUACCAUAAAUACUCUUGGAGAUAAAAAUCCUGUAACUAACCUCAUCCUUAAUCUGGAUGAAGUAGAUCCUGAUGUUGCCUACUCAUCCGUGCCAUAUGAGAAAGGCUUUGCUUUGCUUUUUUACCUAGAGCAGCUCCUUGGAGGACCAGAUGUCUUCAUGGGCUUCUUGAAGGCUUAUGUUCAGAAUUUCGCUUAUAAGAGCAUCGUAACAGAGGACUGGAAGAAAUUCUUGUACUCCUACUUCAAGGAUAAGGUAGAUAUUCUUGAUAAAGUUGACUGGAACUCAUGGUUUCAUGCUCCAGGAAUGCCACCAGUGAAGCCUAAGUAUGAUAUGACCCUAUCAAAUGCUUGCGUUGCCUUGAGCCAAAGAUGGGUCCAAGCUAAAGAAAGUGAUUUGGGCUCAUUCAGCUCAGCAGACCUGAAGGAAAUGUCAUCUCAUCAGUUAAUUGAGUUCCUGGCACUGUUGCUUCUGGAGGCACCUCUUCCAUUGUCACAUGUCCAACGCAUGCAGGAAGUAUAUGACUUCAAUGCUAUAAACAACUCUGAAAUAAGAUUCAGAUGGCUGCGCCUCUGUAUCAGGUCCAAGUGGGAAGCAGCUAUUCCUCUGGCUCUAAAAAUGGCAACAGAUCAGGGCAGGAUGAAGUUUACUCGACCGUUGUUCAGGGACCUUUACAGUUUUGACAAGAGUCGAGAUCUGGCUGUCAAGACAUUUCUGGAACAUAGAGCUUCUAUGCACCCUGUCACUUCAAUGCUUGUGGGCAAAGACUUGAAGCAGGACCAGUGACAAAUGUACUGAUUUCUUUGAGAUUUUUGUGUUGCUGAAAGAAGAGACUGAUUGUCCAAACUGUUGAUAUGUGUGCUUGAUUAUACCAUGAAAUGCUCUGCUGCUUUGGUACUUAUAUAACUUAAAAUUAAUUUUCCAAAUCAAGUUCAGUACUGUUGCGGUAGAUAGCACUGCCAGCAGACUCCAACUACUCACAGACUCUGACUGCAGACUUUCCUAGCACACUCUGACUCCAGCAGGCUCCAACAGCAGCCCCUCACAGGAGGGCCAGCAAAAAAACUCUCUACCUUCUCGGUCUCUCCUCCUUGACCAGCUAACCUACUGCUUUAUAAAACACCUAUCCUUAUGGACACAGCUGUGCCCCAUUGAGGGCAAGGCUGUUCCUCCUCUUUGGUAAUUAGCACACUGUAACUCAUCAGGGGCGAGGUUGCUUACAAUCCAUUCUCCUACACUACUUUCUAUUCUGCAUUUCCAAUUAAAGCAGCAAAAUUGCUACCUUUCUGGAAUUGAGAGAAUGUUUUAAUUACAAGCAAUUUUUAGAAUACACAAAAACUGUUCUGAGAUGUGGUCAUUUGUCAGUGACAGAAUUAAAGAACUUGGAAAAUUA